CACGAUCAUAGGUUUCGUGCACUCCUAUGGGACACGCCGGUGUGCAGCGAAUCGCGGCGCUUUAGAGGAUAUUGGUCGCCCGUGCUCCAAACUCAUUUGAAGUUCACGCUAAUUCAAAUAGGAUGGGAAUGAAUGUAACCGUCGGUGUUGAGAAACAUGUAUGUUGUUUAUGCGGCCUUACAAUACACCCGGAAAUAACUCGAAGUCGGAACUGUUGAACGUAGUCAGAUAGACAUUGGACGGCUUUAUUUAGCCUGAACAAACUUCAAACGGUGAUCACCGAGGAAAAAGCUUAGCAUCGUAUUCGAGGACUUGGGACUUGCAGUGAUGAGUUUGAACAUCCCCGCGUAUGAUGAGGAUUGUCGAAGGUUGGCCAAACAGUUAGUCACCAAACACCCCCAGUUGAAGAAUGGCUUUGACGAAAUUGAUGCUUUUGUAAAGGAGCUGGAAGGAAAUCCAUCACUAGAGCAUGAAGGAAACAACGUUAGAGUUCUUACCACAAAGGUGGUUGACCGUUACUUUGGGACAAAGGAUGAAGCCACAAGAUGUGUAUAUGGGGAGUACUUGUCCUAUACAAGAGCCGCUGACUCAAUCUUCACUGCAUACAGUCUGUUUCUGAGAGACAGGGGACUUGAGGGUCUUACGGAGAAAAAAGCAGGAGAGUUUUUGACAGAGACAUGCACCUUUUCUGAUUUACGAGUGUUGCUGUGGAACUACACAGACGCGAGCUCCUUGUUUUCGGAGAGGGUGUGCAGCAGUGGAAUCCUGCGGUAUUUUGUAAUGGACUUGAAGGCUAUUCUCAGUGAUUCGGGACUUCCUAGAAAUGUAUCUCUGAAAGAUCCGUUCUUUCGGUCGGCACGAGGCAUCCUUCACAACUGUUCCCAGAACCCCAUCACCCGUCAACCUAUUCGAGAGCUCGGGACAGUGUCUGUAGCCCUGGCAUAUAUCAAACAUUCUUCGAGUGGAAUUAAAGUGCUAAUGUUGUUACUGUUGGCUAACAUCAUCGACGAAGAGAACAAUCGGGCAAUGCUGGCAGACAAAACAGUCUUUACCACCCUGCUGACAAUGGUCAAGACUGCAUUAGAACAACGAGAUCACCGGAGCGAGGGUUUUUCCGUGUCCGAAUUGAUUGUUGGACUCACUGGACUAGCAAAGAACGACGACAAUAAGAAGUUUCUCACGGAGAAGGGGGCCAUCUCUGUGUUAAUGGCUGUGAUGCAGAAAGGUUCAGAUGAGGAGAGAGAGAAGGCUGCAAAAUGUGUUUGGGAACUUGCAUUCAAUAAGGAAAAUCGGAAAAUAUUCCUGCUUGAUGCUCAGCUGAUGGGAGUCCUGCGAAAUCUAAAGCAGUCAGCUAAUAAACACAUAUCCAGAAUCGCCAAAGGAGCCUUGUGGGCCACCACACAAACGGAAAAGAAACCACCACUUCCUCGUCCGGACCUGAAGGAAGAGGAACCAAGAAUCACAGGGCACUUGAUGAUCAGCUAUCAGUGGGCAGACCAGAAGACAUUGGUCAAGGUGAAGGAGUCACUGCGCCAAAGAGGUUACAACAUCUGGAUGGACAUCGACGACAUGGAGGGCUCCACAUUGCAGGCGAUGGCGGAGGCCGUGCAGAAUGCGUCUGUGGUGUUGGUGUGUAUGUCGGAGAGAUACAAGCUGAGCCAGAACUGCAGAUCAGAAGCUGAAUAUGCAUUCAACCUACGUAAACCCAUAGUUCCGCUAAUGAUGCAGAGAGACUACAAGCCUGACGGGUGGCUUGGCUUCAUCAAAGGCACAAAGCUCUACUUUGAAUUCAGUGGAAAAUAUCCUUACGACCAGAAGAUAACGGAUUUGGUGAAAGAGCUUGGCAAGCGUGGACAAGUACCUCUGGACACAUGUGAGUCAAGUUCGUUGGAGAAAGUUCAGUCUGUCGGCCUCUGUUCAGCUUCCGUACACUCCAAUGUUGCCAGUUGGUCUGAUGCUGAUGUCCAGAAGUGGCUCUGUGAGAUUGGCUUAGAAAGUCAAUGUAUGUUGAAGAACCUUACUGGACAGCAAAUACUAUUUCUUCGGAAGGUCCUACACAAGGCGCCUGAAUUUUUCUACAGCUACAUCAAGAUCGAUCUACGGUUGAGUAGCUUAGAAGAUAUUAUGAUCUUCAGCGAAGCCGUUGAGACAUUGUAAUAUUGGUGAUGUUGAAGAGUUAUAUAUCAUUUGCAUGUGUUCCAACUUUAUUGAUGCACUAGCAUACAUGUAGGUUAAGCUUACCGUGCAAAAAAUCCUAAGUAUAUGAUUUAUCCCUUGUCAGGUGAUGUUUUUGACAUACCAAGGAAGCCAACGGACGUCGAACCGAUUGAGAUUAAUAGAUGAGCUAAGAACUCACCAGAUAAGACGUUUAACAAAUCAGUCCUACAGUUUUUUUUAUUACUUGUUUUCAAUUCAAUUACGGGAUGGGCUCUGAAAUUGGGGACACUUGUUAACUGUCUGCAUUCCGUACCUAACAUAAAUUGAGCUCGCUCAUAAGAUGUGCUGGGGCAAGCACUGAAGGACACGCAACUUGCAACAACCUGGACAACCUGCGUUAAUGGGACAAUAAAUUAUUUGCUUUGCUUGGGGCAAUAACAUUUGCUGACAUAUUCGUGACAACAUACGUGAUUAUAGUAUACUUAAUGCGGGGAGAAAUGUGACAUUACUUGCAAGACACACUCAUAGACACACCUAUAUUCAUAUAUUUGUAAUAAACGUUUAUCACAUACAUACCUCACAUGGGGAUUUCCUCAUACAUUUAAAUGACAAACCGUCAUACACAUGAUGUCUGAUCAAAGGGACCAUAACCUACACGUGCUUUCGCCGUUUUGGAAAGAGCCUCAAAUCUUAACAUUUCUUUGAAUGACAUGUCAUUGUAAGAUGUUAUUAGCAUUCUCUAAUUGAUAGAAAGUUGGGCUCACAGUUGAUGGACUUCCUUUACGAAAUAUAUUAUUUAUCAUCCAGAUUCCCUCGUUCGUGUAUGUUUCCUUAUGUACACACUUUAAAUAAUCAUGCUUCUGAAAUGCUCCAAAUGAGAUUAUCAUUAAUGGCAGUUAUACGUCAAGGCCCCAGCGCAUAUACUGGUACUUUUCACAAUAAACUAUGUAUGAAGUCAUGCAUGUACUAUCAUUGGGCUUACGUGU